AAGAGGGUGAAAGUGAGAGCAGCAUACAGGACAGAGUAGGAGAUUGUUCGGAAAACUGAGGUUGAGAGAGAGAGUUCGGAAAGCCGUUAGAAAGAAGUAGAGAGAUAUAUAUAGUCCAAGAAGGAGUGGCAGAGAGAGACAGAAAAUCAGCUAGCGUUGUGAAUUCUACGCUAACGGCAGGGUGACCCAUCUUCCUCUGUCAACCGCAGAUUUUUUUUCCUGUAACCUUCCGGAUUGUGUUUGAGACAGAACUGUUUCGUGUGGUCCGUAAGCUGGGUGCCAUAGCUGAGAGAGAGAGAGAGAGAGCGAAAGAGUGAGGGAGAGACAGAAUAAGUGUUGUUUGAGUGAAGAGGAAGAGAGAGAUAGAGAAAGAGAGGGGGAGAUCGGUGGCCUCGAUGUGAAGAGAACCCUAGAUGAUUGGAUGUAUUGGAAAAUCUCGCUGAGCCAUUAGCUAGCAGCACAGCCUGGCCCGACAUCGCUAUCGACCCCUUUUUUUUCUACUGUCUCCCCGACUCUCUUAAAUAGGAGCUGUUAUUUUUUUCACAUGCAGGACUAAAUCACACGGAAACAUACCACAUAGGUUCUGCAAAUGUAAUAUAUAUAUAUACAUAUAUAUAUAGGAUAGAAAAAAAAGAAAGAAGUCUGUAAAAACCAUAACCAAAACAAAAACAAAAACAAAAAAAAGCAGAAAGAAAAUUGUGUUUAAACCGUAAAUUGAAGGUGUCGCUAUAUUGUCGGUUUGUUCUCCCUCGUUUCUGAUUGUUCAGGAUUGUAUUCUUAAGCAGCUUGCAAAUCGUUUGGAUUUACGGACAGAUCUGGCAAGCCAAAAUGGGUUGUACUAUGAGUGCCGAAGAGAGACUUGCUCUGGAGAGGAGUAAAGCUAUCGAGAAAAACUUGAAAGAAGAUGGUAUACAAGCCGCUAAGGAUAUAAAAUUGCUGCUUUUGGGAGCCGGAGAAUCAGGGAAAAGCACAAUAGUUAAACAAAUGAAGAUUAUUCAUGAAGGUGGUUUUACAAGUGAAGAUAACAAACAAUAUAAACCUGUUGUCUACAGUAACACGAUACAGUCCCUAGUAGCUAUUAUCCGAGCUAUGGGAACACUUGAUAUUCCUUUUGGAGAUAAUGAAAGAGAGAGUCAACUGCAGUGUGAUGCCAAAAUGGUUUUAGAUGUCAUAGGUAGAAUGGAAGAUACUGAACCAUUUUCAGAUGAACUAUUACAAGCUAUGAAACGACUGUGGGCAGACACAGGAGUUCAAGAGUGUUUCGGGAGAUCAAAUGAAUAUCAAUUAAAUGAUUCUGCUAAAUAUUUCCUUGAUGACCUUGACCGCUUAGGAGCUAAAGAUUACAUGCCUACAGAACAAGAUAUUCUGCGAACUAGAGUUAAGACAACCGGUAUUGUAGAAGUACAUUUUGCAUUUAAGAACUUAAAUUUCAAAUUGUUUGAUGUAGGCGGUCAAAGGUCGGAACGUAAGAAAUGGAUUCAUUGUUUUGAAGAUGUGACUGCAAUUAUUUUCUGUGUAGCUAUGAGUGAAUAUGACCAAGUACUUCAUGAAGAUGAAACCACAAAUCGUAUGCAGGAAAGUCUAAAAUUAUUUGAUUCCAUCUGCAACAACAAGUGGUUUACAGAUACAUCUAUAAUUCUCUUUCUCAACAAAAAAGAUCUGUUUGAAGAGAAGAUCAAGAAAUCACCUUUAACAAUAUGUUUUCCAGAAUACACAGGUAGACAGACGUAUGAAGAGGCUGCUGCAUAUAUUCAGGCCCAGUUUGAAGCUAAGAACAAAAGUGCAACGAAGGAAAUCUACUGUCAUCAAACAUGUGCCACAGAUACCAAUAAUAUUCAGUUUGUGUUUGAUGCUGUAACAGAUGUAAUCAUUGCAAACAAUCUUCGUGGGUGUGGCUUGUACUAAGUGGUCUGUUGGUCAGUGACCUUGGCUGUGUGGUGUCCAUACACUUUUCUGACCUUCACAUUAUUCUUACAGUCAACAAGGAAUCAGUAAUCCAUUACUGAGUCCUUUGUCAUGUGCAACUUUACCUUCACAUCACUUUUCUUGUGAUGUGGCAGAUUUAACCGCUCAUUCUACGGCAUGUACUAAAGUAAACUGACAACAAAACAGUGUAUGUCUAUAUGUUUGUGCGUGUGCGUGUGUGUGUGUGUGAAGCUGUCUGCACACACUCGCACAAGUACACAUGUAUACACACAUAAACAUAUAUAUAUAGCAAAGCAACAUUGCAUUCAUUCGUUGAGUGUGCAAUGUCAUGAGAGAUGUUGCUGUGAAACAUGCUGAUAGUUCAUCAGACAAGAAUGUUUAACUUGAAAGGACAGAAAAAUUGUUUUCUAGCAUUUGUUUCAUGCACGGUGAAACUUAUUCUUGUAGGUCAUUUUCAUAAUUUGUAGGCUGGAUCUCUGUUGUCAGCAUUUGUGGAUGAGAAAAUAUUACAUCUGCUUCUUUGCUGCUAACUCUAUUCUCAUUGGUUUCUUUGCUUAUCAUACGCCCUCUCUGUGUCUCUAUUAUCAUCCUGUGAUCUGUGAAACUAAAACCAGCAACUGUUCGCUACAGAUUUGCAGCUGCUCUUGUCAGAUAACAAUUCCUAAUCAAAAACUAAUAUUCUUUAUUGCUAUGUGCAUUUUUUUAUUUCACCUAACAAACCUGAAUAUUAUUAAUAAAAGUAGUCGAUGUAGUUUUAAAUUUAAAAAAAAAAAACAAAAGGCAAAAAAAUAUUAAAGAGAAAAACAAUUAAAAAAAAUGUCUUUUUCAAACUUUUACAGCUUUACUGAGCACUGGGAAGUGUUAUGUUCCUGUUUGUUUAACAAGUGGUUUCUACCAUUUGCCAAGCAGAAGGAGACAACUACUGCCCUCUGUGGCUAUAAUUCUCCCCCUCCUCCAUACUGUGUCCAUCGUGUCUCUUUGUUGUUGCUGAUCAUUUACCACCCUGCAGCUUUGCUUGCAGUCAGUUUAGCAACUUGGUAUCAUUUAUUUCACAAAUAUGACAAGGUCUGGUUGGGGGAAUGGGUGUCACUUGCCCCAACCACCCCUUUGCUCAUCAAUUUCUUUUUCUUUGUUUUCAUGAUUUUAUUAUUAUCGUUAUUAUUAAUAAUAUUUUUUUAUUAAUAUUAUUUUAUUUUAUUAUUUUGGAGUUGCUAGCAAAAUGUCCAGUGGGAAUGUCAGUUCUGCAUUAUAUUGAUAAAUGAUUUGUGUUUGAUGCUACCUGCACUUGUCUGCAGGUACUGCCAUAGCUGUUUCAUUUGCUAAAAGUACAUCUCAGUGUCUUUAUUAACAUGCACGGUUGCCAGUAGGAAUACUUUAUCUUUUCUAAUGCUGAUGCAUCUGCUACUGCUAUUGUACACACAUACACACACACACACACCACUCACACACACACACCACACACACUCACACACAUGCAUAUACCCAUACUUAUACAUGCUUUGUUUUCUGUGUGGUCAAGCGAAGCUGUCUGACCACCAGUGUUUCAUUAAUCAGUGAAGACAUGACCAGAAGCAGCUGUAACUUCCUCGAUACUCUAUUGUGCCCAGUAAUUUAGAUGUUGCUCCGAAACACUAUCAACCAUCCACACUCCUCCUUCUCCUCCUCGCUACUCAAAUAUUCCAUAAAAUAAAAUAACUUUUUAGCAAUGGAACGUUAACAUCCUAAAGUCUGUUCAAAUACGUUUUCUAAGGACCCAACAGACUUUAGCUUACAUCAGUAUUCAUAGUAUCCUUUAGUAUUAUGAUUAUUGUUAUUAUUAUCAUUAUUACCACCACCACCACUACCACACUAUCAUCAUCAUCACCACCGCCGCCACCACUGUCAUCCUGAUGAUCAUCUUCAUAAACUUGCUAACAAUUUUCUAGUCACUUCAAUCAUUUGUUCUUUCUCUUUUGUUACUCUUUAAAAAACUGUGCCAUUUCGGUAUGACUGCCUUAUCAUUGGUCAGUAAUUUCCUUCAGGGAAUUCUUUGGUUUCUAAUCAGGAUUUAGACAUUGUUUCAUUCAUCUUGGUCAUACGACGGAAUUUAUAGACUUUUUUUCUCAACCUUUCUAACAUAGAUAAUUUUAGGGUGGAUAAAUUCCAAAUUUUUUGUCUCUAACCUGACAAAUAACACCCCCCUCCCCUCCAAUCAAGAGCAGGUCAGGGCAGUUUGAUGUUGCAGAACUCGUUAUAAGACAGCACUUCAGUUAGAUUAUCUAUUGGUUAAACUAAUCUAUAUCAAGUUAAAUUGUCAUUUUCAAGGGUGUGUUUGUACUGUUGAAAUGAUGGAUUUUUACGAUGUAAUAAACUAAGUUUUACAAAUGCUUUUAAA